AGUUCAUUUGGUCGUUUUAUGAUAUUUAGAGAUGUUAUUUUGUAUAAUUUCAACUUUCUUUGAACAUAAUUUUUGACACUCUCAAAUCGUGGUGUGGUUUGGCCGGUUUGGUGUAACCAAUUCACACUGUGCUGUGUGCUUUAGCUAUCAGGUGUAUUAGAAAGGUGUUCAAACCGGCCAAACCACACAGUAAAGUUCUCUUAGCUUAGUUUUUUCUUCUUUCAUUGGGAGCUACUAGUAUGAUGCUAUCUGGGUUUUGCUCCAAUACGAAAAUCCCAUCCAUUCAUAUUGCCAAAAUCCCAUUCUCUGCUACCUUGUCUCCUCUUACUAUUCCUUCCACAUGUUCUUUUCCUCCUCAAUCGCACAAGUGGGUCUCUUUCAGAGUCAGCCCUCCUUGGAGUCGAAAAAUAAGAGCAUGUCGAAAUGAAGUAGAAGGUGGUUCCUCCGGUGAAGAUUUGAGUAGUGGUGCCAAAAGGAAAAAGCUAGCUGUUUUUGUAUCUGGCGGAGGAUCGAAUUUUCGUUCCAUUCAUGAGGCAUCUCUUCAGGGAUCAAUUCUCGGUGACAUUGUUGUUCUGGUCACCAAUAAGAGAGGAUGUGGAGGUGCUGAGUUUGCAAGAGAGAAGGGUAUCCCCGUUGUUUUAUUCCCCAAAACUAAAGAUGAAUCUGAGGGGCUAUCUCCGGUUGAUCUUGUAGCCUCCCUUAGGGGAUUUGAGGUUGACUUUGUCCUCCUAGCAGGAUAUUUGAAACUCUUACCGACAGAGUUGAUACGAGCUUAUCCCAAAUCCAUUCUCAAUAUCCAUCCAUCUCUUCUUCCAGCUUUUGGAGGCAAAGGUUAUUAUGGCAUGAAGGUGCACAAAGCGGUUGUUGCUUCUGGAGCAAGAUUCUCAGGUCCUACAAUACACUUCGUUGACGAACACUAUGACACAGGGCGUAUUCUUGCACAAAGAGUUGUCCCUGUGCUUCCCACUGAUACUCCUGAGGAGGUGGCAACUAGGGUUCUUCAGGAGGAGCAUCGUCUAUAUGUGGAGGUGGUAGAAGCAAUGUGCGAAGAUCGGAUAGUGUGGCGGCAAGAUGGCGUCCCUCUCAUACAGAGCAAAGAUAGUCCAAACGAAUACAGAUAGCAAAAGUCUACAUCCUUUCCUAUAUGUAUUGGCAUAAAUGAAUGCCUGAGACUUUGAAUGAUAUGCUGUAGAAGAAAAGUACACAUACUGCUGGCGCCAUCUUCUUCCUUCUUUCCCACAGCAUUCGGUUUUGGCGGGUUUCGUGAAAAUGGAAUUUAUGGUAGCUUCAUUAAUUCCAUCAUGGUUCCUCAUGGUGCUCAUUUUUCAUGAGAGUUCAAGAUUAUGAACAAUAUAUAGUUGGUUGAGUUUGGAAAUGCACUUUGUUUAUGGCAUCCUCACUCGUUAAGUUUCCCAACUUAUUGUAUUUUUUAGUUUUUAUUGAAUAAAAGUGACCUUCCGUUUCAUUUA